CCGGCUCUGCUAGUAAAUCCAACCACGGCUCGUGAUUGAUAGUUGUUCGUCUGGGUGGCUAAGGAAAAAAAAACUGUUAUAUUAAGAUAUUUAAAAGGUGAAGUAAAAUCGCUUGGUGAAAUGGCGACUUCUGUUCAUUUUCAAUCACAGAUAAUAACAAUUAUGGAAAUCAUGACAAAGUCAGCGAUAGAAGAAAUUACUAAACUUUUUGACGACAGUUGCUCGGCUCUGUGUUUGAAAAUAUCUCGGAGUUUAAAUGAGAAUGAAGCGCUGAAAAACAAGCUACAGAUGCUGCGGCACGAGCGGAGGACGUCGGGAGGACAGAAAGAGGGAGCGCGUGAGAAUCCUGUAAACACUCGAUCUGUUGGAGUUCAAGUUUUCGGUGAAUUUGAGUAUUUGUUAUUCUAUGAUAUGUGGUGAGGUCGUUGCUUUUGAAGCAGAAGGCAUGAUAUGGUUUCUUUCUUUCAUUGGAAGAGCAGCAGAGAGAAAGAGUCUUUGGUCAAGAGUGCAGCUUCGGUCUGAGAAGAGAUGGAGAACCUGCAGGUGUGGAAGAGUCUAUAGACAUGGAGGUCAGGAAUGAACUAGUUCUCAUCAAGCAGGAGAAACUGGAAGAGGACUUGCGAUACAGUGACCCACAGCCCACACCUGUAGAAGAGAAACAGGUAACACAGCCCACACCUGCAGGAGAUGGGAAGAAACCGGACACAGAGCCCACACCUGUAGGAGACCCAGAGGAGCUGAGUGAGCAGCACAGGUGUGGACACGGUGAUGAGGAGCUCAGUGGACUGGAGUUUGUGUGGAAGGCAGAGCAAAAGGAAGAGCAUGUAGCCCAGAAACUCAGUCAGACAGGAUGUGAACCCAGUGCAGGAAGACUCAACAAUCUGGGCUCUGAGUAUGUAAUGUAUGAGAGAGAAAGUCAGCUAUGGACUUCCAUUACCCAAGAGGACAGUGACAUAGAGACUGAUGAUCCAGUUUGUUCUAAUGCCUUAGAGCAAUACUCACAAAAUCUGUCAAUUCACACACAGCUUCAACAUGCUCCUGCCACCAUGGAAGUCUCUGGAAACACACUGUCCUCUUUUGGGGCUUCAUAUGUUGAGGAGUUUGAUACGAUGGGUGAGAAGCCGUCUGCUUGCAGUGAGGAGCUCAGAUCAGAGGCCAUUCACACACAGCAGGGUCAGUACAGAGAGAGACUUGUGCACACAGUGGAGAGAGAGAAUCAGACAUUACUGCCCCAGCAGCAGCAACAUGGACCCUCAGUAAAACACAUGAGAGGCAGUGAGAGCCCAGCCCAGCCACACUCAGGCUCUCAGUAUGAGACCAGCUCUACUCUGAGUACCAGGGUUUCCAACACUGGGAAGAAGGGCAAGACUGGUGCACAAGCUGACUUUGGAAAGAAACUGUUCAUUUGCACAUAUUGUGGGAAGACAUUUAAUCGCUGUAGUUAUCUCUCAUCACAUCAGCGAAUUCACACAGGAGAGAAACCGUACAGCUGCACACAGUGUGGGAAGUGUUUCAAUCUCAAAGGUAAUCUUGUAAAACAUGAGAUGGUUCACAGUGGAGAUAAACCAUUUGUUUGCAGACAGUGUGGGAAGAGUUUUUCUCAGGGAGCUAAUCUUAGAGCGCACCAGAGGAUUCAUACAGGAGAGAGACCGUAUCCCUGCACACUGUGUGGGAAGAGUUUUGCUCAACAGGCCACUCUUGUUGUGCACCAAAGAAUUCAUACAGGAGAGAAACCAUAUCACUGCACCCUGUGUGGGAAGAGUUUCUCUCAGAAGACUACUCUUGUUGCACACGUGAGGAUUCAUGCAAGAGUGAAACCAUGGAGCUGUAACUAGUGUGAGAAUACAGUUCUAAAUUAUUAUUUUAAAACCCUCCAAACUCUUUUAGGUUUCACCGUUGGAAUAAACAGCUUUCAUUGAAACGCUAUGCAUUAAUCUUUUUUGUCACAAUAUUUGCGUUAAAAAUACUUUGUUGACACAUUUGUGACUUAA